AAAAUCAUUUUAUAAAUUACACCACAGUCAUAUCACUGAUAACCGAUAAUAAAUGUUUUUAAUAUUAAAUUUACGUUCUUUCUAAUGUUUGAAAUCCAAUAUAAAAUGAAAUAUAAAAUGUCUGUUAGAUAGUGGAAUGAGUGCUUAAACGGAUAUAUAGUCAACAAAAAGUGUUAAGUAGAAUGAAGUUCGCAAUGCAUUGCAAAAUGUAAAAUCAUUGGAAACCUGUUCUUGUCUGAGUUUUGAGUUUAUUUUACUGAAAAAGUCGACUAACCAGGAAUUUAUCGUUCAAUCAAACAAAUUAAAAUAGAGGACUGAAGUUGAAGUAAUUGUAAAAAUAUAGAAAGUCAUUUAAGCAUUAACUAAUAUCAUAAUGGAAAUAAAAUUAGUCACUUAUAGUGAAACUGUAACUGUGUUAGGAACUCAUAAUAUAUAUGGUUCCUUUUUGUAUGUGGAUUAAGCGGUAGAAAGCAGACCAAAGCUAGUUGUCUGGUAAUAUAUUAAUUCAUUUAGAUAGCAAAAUGGAAGGAGAUGUGUGAACUAUUAUUGACAUUUUUAUUAUGUUUAUUAUAGACGAUAAAAGGCACUAGUUAUGGAGCUGCAUCUUACCGUGUGUCUUUUGCUUAUAUUUAAUUACUGUAUUGUAAGAACAGAAGCUUACUGUGACAAAGAUUGUUCUUGCAAAGUGACAAAAUCAGGCAAAAUUCUUGUUACUUGUGCCGGCAAAAAUAUAAAGGAUGUUCGGUCAACUCUUCCAAGAAAUGCCACAGAACUAUACUUUAGUGGGACAAAUAUCCGGACGGUACCUUCAAAUUCGUUCUCAAUAUAUCCCGAACUAACAGAAUUAUUUUUCCGAGACACCUCCUCGGAGCCUUGCAAGUUGGAAACUCUUGAACCAGGGGCGUUUGACGGUUUGGUAAAGCUGGAAACAUUGGGAAUGAUCGGCUGCAAUUAUCUCACACACAUUGGCGCUGGAGUUCUAAAAACGUUCCAAAAUCUUGAAACACUGCACGUGUAUCGAAGCGGGCUACAAUCUGUACCAGAUUUAUCUCAAUUCAAAACAUUAAAUCCGGACAUGAACGGGAUCAUGAGGGAAAUUGAUUUUCACAAUAACCGAAUAAAAAAGAUACAAACAGAAGACUUCCUAGGUGUCAAAACUGAUAUGUUAAAGCUAGAGGAGAAUAAGAUUUCUAGUGUAGCUGCAAAAUCAUUUAGAAACGCAACAAUAGUCAGUCUGUCACUCAACAUGAACACACAACUAACAGAUGUCGAUGACAAUGCAUUUGAAGGCAUUAUACUUCUUAAUAAACUCGACUUAUCAAACACAAAGAUAUCCAGCCUUCCAACAAAGGGCCUUAGCGGAUUGCGUUAUCUUAUUCUUAAAAACACGCCUUCGAUGAAACAUUUACCUUCAGUACUUGAAUUUACAAAAAUAGAGAGAGCAGAACUUACAUAUCCACAUCAUUGUUGCGCUUUUAAAAAUCCAGAAAAGCAAGAUCCUUCAGCUUGGAAGGCUAAACAAGCACAGGAAAUUAUUAAUAAAGCAUGCGCUAUUUCAACAACCCCGUUUUCUACUACACAGAAAACAAGCACUACUCAGAUUUCUCAAUUAGGAUGGAUGUCGCCAAGGGAUGAUGCCUUUACCAACAACCACUUUGGUAAAUUUGGAAAUAAACGUAAGAAAAGGCACAGUGAUGAUGGAUUUGGAACUUUAAAAAUUCCUAAUAAUACAAAUCAUGGAUCUCCUCAAAUGGUUGACAUAUUUUGGAAUGCUGGUCACAAUAUGCAUAAUCAGAAUUUUCACAAGUCUACAGUAUCUGUCAAUGAAAAUGUUACACAGAGAGCAGAUUGUGGAGAAAUUUAUAUAUAUAACAGAAAUGUUGAAUGCACUCCGGAACCGGACGCAUUUAAUCCGUGCGAAGAUGUUAUGGGAUAUGAAUGGCUGAGAGUAACGGUUUGGUUCGUUCUUCUUGCAGCUUUACUUGGCAACAGUGUAGUGUUAAUCGUGCUUACGUCCAGUCGUGGAAAGUUCACCGUUCCUAAAUUCUUGAUGUGUAAUUUGGCAUUUGCUGAUUUCAUAAUGGGGGUGUAUUUAAUUCUUCUUGCUUCAAUAGACGUUCGGACUUUGGGCGAGUAUUUUAAUCACGCAGUCAAAUGGCAAAAUGAAGGUGGUUGCCAAGCAGCCGGAUUUUUGUCAGUGUUUUCAAGCGAGUUGUCUGUGUUUACACUAACCAUUUUAACACUUGAGAGAUGGUAUGCCAUAAGCCACGCUAUCCAUUUGAACAAGAGGUUAAAGCUCAGGCAAUCGGUUGCACUGAUGGUUCUAGGGUAUACAUUUGCCUCAAUAUUGGCUCUGUUACCUCUCAUAGGAAUAAGUAGUUACGGUAACGUAAGUAUUUGUCUUCCUAUGAGGGCACAGAGUGGAGUUGAUAUUGGAUAUAUUGUUUCACUAUUGAUUAUGAACGGAAUAAUGUUCCUUGCCAUUUGUUUCUGUUAUAUAAGUAUGUUCCUUAAAGUGAAAGGCAGUGCCAGUACACGUAGAAGUAAUGACGCCACAAUAGCUAAACGGAUGUCAAUAUUAGUUAUCACAAAUUUUGCUUGUUGGGCACCAAUUGCUUUUUUUGGACUCACGGCAUCCGCUGGGGUGCCGUUUAUUGAUAUCACACAUUCAAAAAUUCUCCUUGUAUUUUUUUAUCCAUUAAAUUCAUGUGCUAAUCCAUUCCUUUACGCAAUACUUACCAAACAAUUUAGAAAGGACGUUUUUAUCUUGCUGGGAAAGUUUGGUAUUUGCGUUGAAAGAGCAAAUAUGUAUCGUGGUACAGUCACAUCUAGAUUAUCUCAUUCACGUGGUCAUAAAGACUCAACGUCGCAUCGAAUACACAGACACACUGAAUCAGUGCUUACGCAUCUAAGUGGAAGUAAUCAAAGCUCUAGAUCAUGUGUUAACGGAACUCCAAAAGUUCACCCAUCCCAUCGUAGAUCAUCUUCAGAAGCCCAGCCAUUUAUAGAAAGAAGAAGCCACCUUGAUAGAGCAGCUGAAUUUGCUAAUAAAGAACCUAUGUUGGCGGGAGAAGAUAGCAUGCUGGACUCUUGGGAACCAAAUGAUCCUAAUGAUGUUCAAAAACCUCCGCAUCCUACAUAUAUUCGUAGUGUAAGCGAUUAUGUUGCGUUUGGUGUGAGGAAACUGCCGGAUAAAUCUCAUUUAAGAACACGGACAAGUGUUGACACAUUUCUAAGUAACAGUACCGACACCACUUACGUUAGUGAAAAUUCGCCUUCGCAAGAUGAUGUGUGGCAGAUGAGAAAAGAUGUACAUGAACUGAAGAAUAAUGCCGACGAAAGAGAAACUGAAACAGUAUUAAGUGAAUCAAAGGUUACAAGUCCUACACAGCAUGCAGACGAGGAAAUGUGUCAAUCUGUGCAGAACAUGAAUACAUUAUCGAUGUCGGUAGACUCAGAUAAAAAAGAUGUGAGUCCUCGAGUCAAAAAGGAAAAGUCUGAAAUAAAAUCAUCCUACAGACCUGUAAAUAGUACUUUACAUGAACUUAGAUCUAGAUUUCGACGAAGUCCUUCGCUAAGCAGCCUUGAUGAGGGUAAUGAAAUGCGCUUAUUGGCUAAUACGCCAUAUAAUGGAUCGUGUUUAUACGAUGAAGAAGGAACUGAAAUGUUGUCCGGUAAUGUGUGAUCCUUUAUUAUCAUUUUAUAACUCGGCAUAUAUUCGGCAUCAUUCGCUACUUUCCAUACCUCACCGAGGAAUUGACAAUAUUGCUUUGCUCUUUCGCAUGUUGCGAAACGAGACACGAUUAAACAUCUCGAAUGUUUUGCCAUUUUUAAGGCGUAUAUUACCUUAAAUUUUAUUUAUUUAACGUUUAAAAUGGUGAUGAUAAUUUUGAAUUUAUAUUGUACAUCCAUUUUUCCCUCUUCCUAUAUUGUUGUGCUUACGCUUUAGUAGUUGAAACAUAAUAAGAUUGAUAUGUACACACUUUCACAAAAACAUAUUUACUUUUGGAUAUAUGUCAAUUUUUAAAUAGAAAUCCACUUACAAUCGGGUUUGCCUGUUGAUAAAUUCUGUCAAAGAUGGUAAUCGCAGCAUUUUAACUGAUGUACUAUAUUUGAGUUUUCGCCUGGCGUCUAUGAUUCUAAAUAUGAAAUGAAUAUGAAAUGUGUAAUUUUAUGCUUUUGUUAAAAUUGUUUUAACGUACGUGUUUGAUAUUUGUCAGAGACACCUUGUUGCUCAUAAUCUGUUUGUUUAUCAUGUUUUAAAACUGAUAAUAACACUUAAGCGAAUAAUUUACUUUACAUCGGAUUACUAAUAUUCAUUCAUAAAAAACCCAAAAAAAACAAAGAGGUAUAUUCCUGAUGCCUAUUGAUUUGAAAUAUUGUUUAGAUGAAACACUGUUAUGUGAAUCUGCUUUGCUUUCAUUUGAAAAACUCGUUAUGGUACAAAUUAAUAUGUCUGUUAUACGCUUAUUUAUUAGCACUUUCAUAUGUUUUCGUCACUGCUUUUAUCUUAUAUUACAGUGUCAAUACUAACAAAUUUAAGUGCAUCUUCUAACAAAUAUAUAAUUUCUGAUUUUACAGAAAUGAGAUAAAGAUUAGGUAAUCAUUGAACAUACUGACAAUCCAUAAAAUAAAUGUGAUUUAUUAUUGUUAUCUUGUGUCACGUGUCAUAGUCUAAUUUCGAUAUAUCUAUUCCAUCCUAUUGAUUGUGUUCAAUAAAUUGUUAUAAAUAAAGUAUUGUUUUGAAUAUUUUUGUUUCAGUU